AUGGCAGAAGCUGUUAUAAGACACUGGGUGGAAACUCCCAUACGCUAUCAAGAGCAGUUUGCUGUCCAAGAGCUGGAAGCACACAAACUGGACCACUCUUUAUAUGCUUUGCCGGGCCCUUCUAUGGCUGCACUGAGCAACAGAAGGUGUACCACAGAAAGUACGUCUGGGGCUGGGAAGAGUGGCCAGGAGGAGGAAAACACACGCUUUCAGGUCUUGCUGGACGUCGUGCAGUUCCGCCCUGAAGAUAUCAUUAUUCAGACUUUUGAAGGCUGGCUCCUGAUCAAAGCUCAGCACGGACCCAGGAUGGAUGAACAUGGUUUCGUAUCCAGAAGCUUUACCAGGCAGUACAAAUUACCUCAUGGAGUGGAGAACAAAGACUUGUCUGCGCUUUUCUGCCAUGAUGGCAUUUUGGUUGUUGAAAUGAAGAAAGCACCGGGAAAGAACUAG